CUCCAAACACAUUCCAAAACAUCUCAUUCCUCAAGCAACAAACAAACCAAAAAAAAAAAAAGCUUACUCAAUUUCACUACCUAUUCUUUCCAUUCGAUCAAAAUCAUCCCCGAAAAUCUACCUAAAAUAUUUGAUUUUCACUACGUAUAAUCUUGAUUCGAUCAAACUCACCCCUAGAAAUGGAGAACAUGUUUAGGCUCAUGGGAAGUGAAGAUUUCUCGGACAGAAGACGGUGCAUUUGGGUUAACGGUCCGGUAAUCGUCGGAGCCGGGCCAUCGGGGCUAGCCACGGCGGCUUGCCUCCGCGAGGAAGGUGUUCCCUUUGUUGUAUUGGAGAGAACAGAUUGCAUAGCUUCACUAUGGCAGAAACGAACUUAUGAUAGAAUCAAACUUCAUUUACCAAAGAAAGUUUGUCAAUUACCCAAAAUGCCCUUCCCGGAAGACUACCCGGAAUAUCCAACAAAACGACAGUUCAUCGAGUACCUUGAGUCCUACGCAAACAAAUUCGACAUUACUCCUCAGUUCAACGAGUGUGUCCAGUCAGCUCGAUACGACGAAACCAGUGGUCUUUGGCGCAUCAAGACAACAUCGUCGCCGUCCUCGGUGUCGGAGAUGGAAUAUAUCUGCCGGUGGCUAGUGGUGGCGACUGGAGAAAACGCGGAAAAGGUUAUUCCAGAGAUCGAUGGGCUCACAACGGAGUUCGAAGGCGAGGUGAUCCACUCGUGUGAGUAUAAAUCCGGCGAGAAAUACCGAGGAAAGAGUGUUCUUGUCGUCGGAUGUGGAAACUCUGGCAUGGAAGUUUCUCUUGAUCUUGCAAAUCACAAUGCUAAUGCCUCCAUGGUUGUUCGUAGCUCAGUUCAUGUGUUACCAAGAGAGAUUCUUGGCAAAUCGAGUUUCGAAAUCUCGGUGAUGUUGAUGAAAUGGUUUCCUCUAUGGCUAGUAGACAAGAUUCUACUGAUUCUCGCAUGGCUGAUUUUGGGAAAUUUGACAAAGUAUGGUCUAAAGAGGCCCAAGAUGGGCCCAAUGGAGCUCAAGAUUGUUUCAGGGAAGACUCCAGUUCUUGAUAUUGGAGCUAUGGAGAAAAUCAAAUCCGGCGAAGUAGAAAUCGUCCCCGGAAUCAGACGGUUCUCUCGUAGCCAAGUGGAGCUAGUAGACGGUCAGAGAUUAGAUCUCGACGCGGUGGUUCUCGCCACGGGUUACCGUAGCAACGUCCCUUCAUGGCUCCAAGAAAAUGAUCUGUUUUCGAAAAACGGGUUCCCGAAAUCGCCGUUUCCAAACGCGUGGAAAGGGAAAUCGGGACUUUACGCGGCUGGAUUCACAAGGAAAGGAUUGGCUGGAGCAUCAGCAGAUGCCGUUAACAUCGCUAAAGACAUUGGAAACGUGUGGAGAGAAGAGACAAAACGACAGAAAAUGAGAACACGAGUGGGUCACCGCAGAUGCAUUUCAGUUGCUUAGGGCUCAAGUUAGGGCUUAUAGAAUCAUUUAUUUUAUUUUUAACAAAGAGUGUUUAUUUAU